UCAAUGGCUUGACUUCCUCCUUCGGUACGGCUUUGCAGCAGCUCGCAGUCGAGAUUGACUGCUGCCCAGCUAAGCGGGAGAGGCGGCGGCAGCAUCACAAACAAUACAGCAAAACACGCGCUUACACAUUCACACACGCUCACUCACGCGCGCACACACACACACGCAGGCACACACGCGCACACUGGCGGCUGUGCUGUCCCAGCAUUCAGCUGUCAGGAUGAGUGCAGGAGAUGUGGUCUGCACCGGCUGGCUGGUAAAAUCUCCGCCUGAGAAGAAAUUAAAGAGAUACGCCUGGAGAAAACGCUGGUUUGUGCUCCGCCGGGGUCGGAUGAGUGGCAACCCAGAUGUGCUGGAAUACUACAGGGGCAAGAGCUCCAAAAAGCCCAUCCGCACCAUAGACCUGAGGGAGUGCCAAGUCCAGAUGCACACUGAGAUGCGACUACUCAAGAGGGAGUUACAGAAUCAGCACCUGUUCCUAGUCAAGACAUCCUCACGCAUAUUCUACUUGGUCGCCAAGACCGAGGAGGAGAUGAACAGCUGGGUGCACAAUAUUAGCCAAAUCUGCCACUUUGGCCCACUGGAUGAAGAGGCGGCAGACUCAGAGAGCUUUUCCCAGCAGCCCUCACCUGCCAGCUCUACCCAUACUUCCCGCAUUACAAGCCAUGACCUCAGCACAGAUGCCAACGCCACUGAGGGCAAUCGCAGCCGCAGUGAGUCAGAGUCCAGUCUGCCCCCUGACUACCUCAUCCUAUCGCAGUGUGAGACGGGGAGGGUCAGCAUCACCAGCUGCUCAAACUCGGAGAGGUCUCUGGAGCAGAGUUCGUCCGACAACACCUUCGAGGAUGUUUUCCUGUCGCCGCUCUGCGCCAAUCAGACGAUGUCCCCUUUCCUGGCAGUGGGGCUGUCAGAGCCCCCCCUCAGUACCCCUUCUUCCUCCACACCUUUGGAGAGACUGUCUGAAUUCUCCUCGUCCUGCUCCUCCACUUCCCCCACCCAGACACGUCACCAAGCCCCAGACUUUUUCCAGUUCGACAAAGCAGUCACAUCCUUGUCUCCAGAAGGCAUCAUGGAUGGUCAAACACCCCCACCCCGCCCGCCUAAACCCAUUCGCUUCUCUGAGAGAUGUGUGGAUAAUGGGCCUCAUCACAUGACCCUCCGGAGUGGCGAGGGGCUCUUUGCACUUCAGCCUGCCUCGAUUCCCCGGAGAAUCUCCUUGGCAGGACUGGAUCACGUUCGGAGAGGAGAGUUUGACAGCAGCUCUGUAAGAAGUUGGAACAAAAGGCUCAGUCUUAAUUUGCCUCGACUGACCCCGGCAUGUAGUCCAAGUCCGGUGGACUGUAAUGAAGACUCCUACAUCCCCAUGAACUCUGCAGCUUCCCCUCCAGUGCCCGGUUCAGACACUGAGACAGACGGCUACGUCCCCAUGAGUCCAACAUCCGCUCAGUUCCUCAUCUCCAACGGAAACCCCGAGACCCCUCCCCCUGCUGCCCCCUUGCAAGGGUUGCCUAGUGAUCUGGAACCGCCUCCUGUGAACCGUGAUCUGAAGCCAAGGAGAAGAGCGAGACCGCCACCAUUAGAUUUACGGGCCUUAUCCACCAUCAAUGAAUGUCCAGCCCAUCUGUCCCUGACACGGACGCUGACAGAGCCUGGAAAAUCAGCUCAUUGGUUCCCAAUGGAUAGAAGACCUGGCAUAGCAGGGACCUUGGGGGAUCAAGAAGACAGCUGUCUUUUGGGGGAAUCCAGGAAUUUGGUACCUGCUAACGGCAGCACAGCUCUCUGCACUCCCAGGAAAUCAAAUCUGGACUACCUGUCACUGGACUUCAAUUCAGCCUCACCUUCACCAGUACAGAAGAAGGCUCUGCUUGCUGAUGAGCACCGAGUAGACUACGUACAGGUCGAUGAGAAGAAGACCCAGGCCCUGCAGAACACUAAGAUGGAGUGGAAGGAUGUCCGUCAGUCAAAAGUGUAAAGCAGGGUGGGAAGGCAGGAAUGAAAGAAACAAAAACAAAUAAAUAAAUGAAAAAGCAACACCCUCCCCACCCCCCAUUCACACCAAUGCUAUAAAUGACAACCUAAGGACCUGUAUUUGUGAUUUUUCAUCUUGAAUGAGGUGCCAUUAUUUGUUAAGACUCCAUGCAUCAACUUUUUUUAAUACAGAUAAUGAUAUUGCAGUGUUCGUAAUCAACAUGAGUGCAAGUAAUUUCACAUUGCAAAGCACUCUGUUAACCUUCAGAAACUAUAACAGACUUUUAUAUGGUGGGUAUGCUGAAGCACAUUUCAGAUCAGUGUUGCCUAUGGUACUUUGCUUUUAACAAAGGCUUUACUGAAAAAUAAUAAGAAAAAAAAACAGCAUGACAUGUUUACAAGUAAUGUUAUGUGUCCUUUAGCUUUUGCCAUUUUAAAGUUUGUUUCAUAGGUUUCAUGUGGUACCAACAGAUAAAAACAUAUUUCAUGUGUUAAAAUAGGCUCUUCUGUUCAUUUUUUACAAUUAUUAUUUUAGUAGCUAUGUCCAUGUCAUGUAUCGGCAAGGUUGUAUACAAAUAUGGCCUUUUUUCAAAUCUGUAGUUUAUUUUGGGUGGUGAUUCCCUAAGGAGUGCAAUGGUUACAACAGGUGUUUCUAAUCUUGCUUUUUUCUUUUGUGAAAACCCAAAAUCCACUUUAACACUAUGAAGUUAUCACUGUGAAGAGGGCUCUGUGGACUUCCUGCGCUGAGAAUUCUUUUGUAUGGAGAGGUACUUACAUUUUAUUUUGGGGUCCUGUGGUGUGGCUUGAUUGCAGUUCAAAUCUCUUUCAAAAAUCUUGCCAGUUCCAAUUUGCAUUAAAGAUUUUAAAGACUUGGUUGCAAAUAUAAUUUGAGAAUAUAAAGAGGCCUACAGAUACUUUCCACAGAAACCAGAGAAAACAAACAAUAAAGAGGCAUAUUGUAAGAUGGCAAACAAUUUCCUUCCUUGUUCAUAGAAAGACUUAGUAGCUAACACUGGUUAACUAACAGUGGUCAUUUAAUGAAAAACACUUUCAUGAAAAACACAAUUACAGCAGUUAAUUAUAAUACCUAUUAAUGAACAGCCAGAUUGAAACUAGGUCAAAAGAAAGAUUCACACAUUUGCGAUAGCCACCUAAUCACCUACAACUGACCACUGCACUGCUCAUUCAUCAAAGCCACUACAUAUGGCUACAGACGCUUUCUCCUCUCUGUAGGCCCCAUACUGUAUUUUACAGGGAUAGCGUCACAGAUUCAGCAGCUGGUUUGUUUUUUUAGGAAGAGGUCUAUGUGGGAGUCAUCUGGGAAUAACCAUAUCAUAAAUGAUCAUAAUCUAUUCAUAAAUGUAAUCAUAAACUCCCACACUCAGGGACUCAUGCAAAUCUGUUGGUACUUGUACAAACAGAUUUGUUCUUACACAAAUGUCCUGAGUGAAUUAUAUUAUUUCAUAAUUCUCGUGAACACACACUUAUUUAAGAGCAGUGGGGAUUCUGUGGUUUUUGAAGAUAGGAACACUUGUUCAAUCUCAUAUGAGUCCAUCAUACAAAAAAAGUAAGAGAAAGUCAAGAUAAUAAGAAAAUGUUCUUGCAUGAGGCCCAUUGUUCUGUGUCAACCUGAGGACAUGUUUGUUUAUAACUGCUGACUGACUUCAGUGUAUGUAGUGUUACAAUCCUCCAGCUUCAAUAGGACAUUCAGUAAUGUAGUGGGAAGGUAUGUCAAUGUCAGUCACCAAUCACCACAUGUCUUUCUGAAUGGUGUAUUACUCAUUUCACCACAUGGAAUUAUCUCAGACAUCUCAAAAUGUCAGUUUUGCAAUACAACAAAAUAAAAUGUUUGUUCACUUAAUAUAAUUACCCUUUCACUGACACAAACACAAAUUAAGUUAAGUGUUGCCUGCUUUCUAUAGCCAUUUCAAUGCACUGUGAUGCACCAAGUCUCUUGACACCAAAUAUGUUGAUGUAUUUGUUGCCUUUUUAUUGCCUUGACCUUAAUGUUGUGUGUGCUUCAUCCCCCCGGCAAGUGCUAAAUCAGUAUGUAGUGCUGGCCAAAGGGAAAUAAUAAUAAUAAUAAUAAUAAUAAUAAUAAUAAUAAUAAUGUAUUAUGAGUAAUGUUAUUAUGAUGAUGACACUGAUUAUUAUAAUUAUUAUGAUUAUGAUGGUGAUGAUGAUGAUGAUGAUGAUGAUGAUGAUGAUGAUGAUUAUUAAAAUUAUAUUAUUAUUAUUAUUAUUAUUAUUAUUAUUAUUAGUAGUAGUAUUAUUAUUAUUAUUAUUAUUAUUACUAUUAUGUCACCUGAAAUUAAAUAUGGGAUUUUUUUUUACAAGAGGGCUAUAAAUAGAAAGAUAGGUAGUUACUGGUCUGAAACAUAAUAUUAACUACUUUAUCAGGGUGUUCUAAUAUGCACUGUGACAGCACUGUCAUAUAUAUUUCAAAAGGGAAGACUUUUCAAAGUCAUUAUUUUUGUGAAAUUCAAUCACUGUGUCAAGGCCUAAGUACUGCCAGAGACAGACAUGCCAUGUCUUCUAUUUGUUGUUUGUUUUUAUAAUAAUGCUGUACAAUGCUGGUAAAAGGGUAAAUUUGUCUUACAGUAUUUGACUGAAGGCUUUGUGAAUAUUUACAUAUAUACAUAUGUGGCCACCAUUCAAUGUGCAACAAGGGCAGAUUAAUUAAAAGUAUGUACAAAGAUGAA